GCAGGAUCAGAUGGUGAUAUAUGAUAGAGAGAGAUUUUAUACCUGAAGUGACCAUCAGACAUAUCCAAGAUGUUAUUUGCUGUAUACACGCAGAAUUUCAUCGUCUUCUGACGAACCAAAGUUGCUUCUUUCCAUUGCUUACUCAGAAAUGGCACUGACCCUGAAAUAUGGACCCAGGCUACAUGCGGUCCUCAUGAGGCAUGCGUCUUGGACACCAAAACAGGCAAGAAAGAAAGAGAGCAACCAUGAUCAGUGCCAAGAGACUCGCUCAAAUGGUGAAGAAGUGGCAAAGAAUGGCAGCCUUCGGCAGGAAGAGACUUACAUGGACGGCGCCCAAAGCAACCGAUAAAUGCUGCAGUUCUGUGGCAGUGAAGGGCCAUUGCAUCAUGUACACCGCCGAUGGGAGGCGGUUCGAGGUCCCGUUGGCGUUCCUCGCCACGACGAUCUUCGCAGAGCUCCUCAGGAUCUCUCAGGAGGAGUUCGGCUUCACAAGCGAUGGAGGGAUCACAUUGCCUUGUGAUGCAGAGGUUAUGGAGUAUGUCAUGUGCUUGCUCAAAAGAAAUGCAUCAGAAGAAGUUGUCAGGGCAUUCCUGAGCACCAUUGUGAAGCCUUGCCACUAUGGGAGUGGCUUUGCACAAUCCUUGGGAUUUGUCCAACAAGUAGCAGCUUCUAGCUUCUGACAAAUUAUGUAGAGUUAAUCUUUUUCAUUUUUCUUCUUCUGAAUGAUGUAAAUAUGGAGACAUGAAGUCAGAAAUAGAAAUUGCAAGUAUUCACAUCAAAGGAACAAGUUCGUUCUCUGUUUUUUUCUUAA